UAUAUAUGGGUGCUUAUUCCUUCUCUUAUAUAGGUGGUAUAUAUCUUCCUGAUACCAUAAUGUGACCGCAGCAUUAUAAAAGGACCUCCUCCUAGCAACAAUUCAAUCCACGAUGCAGACUACAAAAAUAGCAAGACUACGGAUUUUGCAACCGUCAAAGAGCUAUAUAGUUGAGCAACACGUUGACUCCUACAGAUACUCGAAAGUCCAAGCAUUGGCCAUUCGACGCCCUUACUGGAGUUGCAAGCUCUUCUUGUAUCUAAACCACGUCCAUGGACCCAUGAAGGCUUAGCCAACUUGUUGGAGAGCUGUUUCUGGUGUCGCUUUGGGGUCUUAGUAUCGUCAAGCACGGCUCUUUUCUCUUUGCUUACUGAAAACACCUUAAAAACUGUGUAUGCCUGGGGCUGUAUGUUAUUUAUGUAUUAUACAGCUGUUGACCAAUGAGAUCAAUUAGUGGUGACGUCAGUGUGGUAUAAUUGUUACUUGUUGCCUCUGUCCUCUUUGAUCUGACAUAUUUAUACUGUACGACAAGGAGUAAUGCGGUAUUUUAAAAGAUAAGAAAACAUGAUUCACUGUAGUCAAUAAAGAUCGUUAUAAUGAAUAAAGCUUGUCGAUAAGAACGGUACCAAGACGGAUUUUUGGUCAGCAUCAUAGUCUUCACUGUGGGGCUUGUUCGCUCGCUCCAAUUACAUGGACAUCUAUACCUACAUGUACCUGUAUUUGACACCGAGAAAUAGUGUGAGAAACCACCAUUUGUCUGGUAACUUUCGUACUCUGGUGUUCUUGUGUCUGGAGAAGGCCGCCUCACUCAGGGAGCAGAAGGAGUGUGAGAGCAACCUCUCGACGUGGCGUGUCCACAACGCCCUGUUCAUUAUUCGCGUCUCUCUCAAGCACCUCCUUGAGAAACACUCUGAGAGCGACGCAGCCCUCCAUCUUGAUGGCUCCACCACCAUCCCACAACUCACAUCCCUUGAGCCUCACACUUUACACACCUCCACACCGUCACUCCCUCAAAACUCCACGCCCACACACAGUAACGAAACAGCAGCGUAUGGCACAAGUAAAAAAAGUACGAGUGUAUCUGAGGCAGUUAGCAAUCCAAUUUUGGAGUCACUAGCACAACAGACUGCAGGGCAUAUCCUUCAGACGAGGGUACCCUCUGUGGGUGGUAGUGGGAUCAAUGAGGGGGGUCUGCCUUCUCAACGGCUGGUGGAAGGUGUGGCCUCAUUGCUUUGUCACGUGUCUUUAGGCCCGUUUACCUAUGAUGUCCACCUGGAGGCUGUACAUCUUCUCCUCGUCUUUCUGUCCUCCCAAGUUCGACCUCAGACGGCCAGUGGGAUAUUCGUACGACACAUCCUCACGAUUAGAAAUGACCUUGCCUCAGUGUUAGUGCAUCGUUUGUUGGAUCAUGUGAUCUCCCAGCCGCCUCUCCCCCCUCACCGAUCCCAAGGUCCUGGCCUGAUCUCCUCAGUCACAGCUGGACUAUGGUCUCUAGUCACCCUGAACAGGGGCGUGGCCUCUGCAGACCCCACCCAUUCCCCACUGGCCAAGGACUCCCUCCUCCUGCUAUUAGUGCUGACUCAUCAACAAGCCGGAGGACACAACCCAUAUCGAACCGCACUGGGUUCGUUCAGUGAUGAGAGAGGUGAUAAAGGAACGAGCUCUUUCUCUGUUAGUCUGGAGAAGAUCUACCUCACCAUGUGCAGCCAGCUGAAUGAUGAGUCCCACGCUCUCUUGCUCUACCUCUUGCUACAAGGCAACCCCAACGUGGCCAGCUUCAUUUUCUCAAGAUCAGACAUCGAACAACUAGUUUUGCCGCUACUGAAACAGCUGCAUGACCACGGUAACGAGAGCUCCCACCACGUGUACAUGUUGCUGAUCAUCCUACUCAUCCUCAGCCAGGAUGAAUGCUUCAAUAAGUCCAUUCACGAGAAGAUAGUGCCGAAUGUGCCCUGGUACGUUGAGCGGCGGCUGGCAGCUGUUCCCCUUGGCAGUCUCAUGGUCAUGAUCCUGAUCAAAACCGUACAGGUCAACAUCACUCACAUCAGGGACAAGUACCUUCACACCAACUGCCUGGCUGCACUAGCUAACAUGUCCUCUCACUUUCACUCUCUCCACCUCGACGCUGCCAGGAAAAUCGUCAAUUUGUUUAAGCUUCUUGCUAAAAAGCAUCAGAGGAUCUCGGAGCGACUCAGCAGUGAUCCGUCCACCCCGACCACACCCACAACACCCGACACACCCUCCCUGGACUCGGAUUGUACGACAGACCGUGUGAUUCUGGAGGAGGUGCUUCAGAUGGUGUUGGAGAUCAUCAACUCUUGUCUGACACACAACCUCCACAAUAACCCCCACCUCAUAUACUCCCUCCUCUAUCAGAGGGAGAUCUUCGAGCCCUAUCGGUCACACCCCUCUCUCAUGGACCUUGUGCAGAAUAUGGAAACUGUGGUGUCCUUCUUCUCGUCCAAGCUGGAGCAGAGUGGCCCCUCCCCCUACUCCUCCGAGUACGUUCUGUCCACCAUCGAGCAGACUGCAAAGGCUUGGCCCAGGAACAGGCUAAGGUUGUUUCCUGAGCUCAAGUUCCGCUAUGUGGAGGAGGACCAGCCUGAGGCAUUCUUCAUCCCGUACAUUUGGACACUGGUGUUCAAGCACUCGUCCAUUUAUUGGGACAGUUCUAAAGUACGCUUCUCCUGAUUAGGUUCAGUGUGUGUGUUUACAUUUAUUGUCUUUGUAUCCUUAAAACAAGUUCACUGGUUUAUAGUGGAUAACCUCAAGGUA